UCUUAUUGACAACGCUCAUUGAUGCUUUGCCUGUGCUUUCGGCUUUUAAUAUUUCUUCCCCUUACUUCCCUCUCACUGCUGCUUCCUUGUACCUUCCUGACUAAGCUUUUUCUUAGCAACUAAUCCUCGUUUCUCAGAAGCUUUCCUUCUCAAUCUCUUAUUCUCUCACCUCUUAUCUUUUGGAUGGAUAGCUACUCCCUCCUUUACAGUUCCUCCCACAGAACCGGACUCCUCUCUGGUUUCCAGCGCCUGCGCUCUCAGAGAAACAUGUGUGAUGUGAUCCUCGAGGCCGGCGGUGUAUCUUUCCCUUGUCAUCGUGCCCUUUUGGCCAGUUCCAGCGAGUAUUUUUGGGCUCUGUUUGGAGAGAAUACCUUGGAGAGAUUAGCGAGCUCCAUUAGUCUCCCGGCACUAAAACCUGAGGGUUUAGACGUCAUUCUGGACUACCUGUAUUCUGGCUGGCUCAGCCUAUCACCACCAUCACUUCCUGUUGUCUUGGAGGCAGCCAGGUACUUGCAGGUGAAUACAGCCGUGUCAAUAUGCGAGCGCUUUAUGACUGAUGGUUUGAACCCUUUGAAUUGCUGCUGCUAUGCUAACCUGGCCGAGCAUCACACCCUCUCAGAUGCACUUGAAGCUGCCAAUCAAACCAUCACUAUGGAAAUGAGGACAUUGCUGCUGGAAAGCAGGGAAGACCUUCUCAGGUUGAAUAUCCAUUCACUGAUGGCGGUGCUCAAUGCGGACGAGAUACCUGGUGUCAAGGAAGUGGAGCUCAUAAAGCUUGCUCUGGAUUGGCUGGAUGAGAAUGGCCCCCUUCCUCUGCUGAAAUCAAAUCUUCUGCUGAGUCAUCUGCGCUUUGGAUUGGUUACCCCUUCUGACCUAACCAGUCUUAGCCACGCCCACAAAGCCAUGGCCACACCUCUCAUCAGAAGCCAGCUUACUCGUGCAUUGGAGUACCACAGGCAGGGUUCAGCUCAGCCAAUCAGACAAAGCAAACAGUCAACACUCAGAGCGUCGCCUGAUAGUGUGUUGCUUGUGGGUGGAGGAUUGAGCUCUGAUUGGCCAGAACAGCAGAUGCUGGCGUUUGAUUCUAGAAGCAGGAAGUUUUCACCUCUGAGUUCCAGUCUCCCGCUGCGACUGAGAAAUCACUGUGUGUGUUCAGUAGGAGGUUUCCUCUUCGUUAUCGGAGGAGAAGAAGUGAAAGAGGGAGACGAGGAUGGGAAAAAGUCUGUCUCCGUGGCGACAUCUAACCAGGUAUGGCGCUACGAUACUCGCUUCGACUGCUGGGAGACGGUGGAGUCCAUGGUGGAGAAGCGGGAGCAGUUCUCCUGCUGCGUGGUGGGGGAUGCUAUUUAUGCCAUUGGGGGACGACACACACGACCAGAUGCCAACACACACACCUCUUUAGCUUCUGUUGAAUUUUAUGACAUGGUGACAGGAAUAUGGAGAAGAGGAGCAACAAUGCCUUGCCCCCUUUAUGGGCACGCUUCUGCUGUGCUUGACAACGGCAUCUACGUGUCAGGUGGUCUCCCGGGCAACCAGGGCGGCAGUAACCAUGGUGAUAACCACGAUAACCACAGAGAGAGCAGCAGAGAAGUCCUCUUCUGGGACCUCAAGAGCAGAAUCUGGGAGAAGCGAGCGUCCAUGUCCAUUGCCAGAUUCAGUCACCGCCUGGCUACCGCCAACGGCCACAUCUACGCUCUGUUGGGAAUGUACGAGCCUUUCUGCGAUAUCGAACAAUACGAUUCGCAGUCAGACCACUGGACCCGCCUCCGACCGCUUCUCAUUGGCUCCUUCAACUACGGGAUGGUUUCUACAACGUCUGGGAAUCUGCUGGUUUUUGGAGGGAGGAGAUGGAGCGACGGACAGGAGGUGACAGUGAAGAGUGUGUUGGAGUACGAUACAAAGAAUGAUCGAUGGAGAGAGAUCUGCCAGCUCCCAAGACCUCUCACUGGGACUGAGUGCACACUGCUGCCUCUCCCAGACUAAAGUGAACAUGGUAUAAG